AACAAAAGUGUCUUUUUGUUUAAUCAUUGAUCAGUUUUUCUUGUUGAUUGUUACAAUCAAUUUUUCCCACCGGUAACCAAUCAAUUCUAAAUCGACUACUAUUAACAUUAAUUAGUUAAUUAAAUUCUACUCUCUAAUACUUGUGUUCUUUUUGUUUGUAAAAUCUUUGAUUACUUUUCUUUGUUCAUUUACCAUCACAAUGGUUAACCUAAAGAGUAACAAUAAUUAUUUAAUUCCGUUGAUUGUGUUGAUUAACUUGUCUUUUAAUUUAGCCCUUAAAGGAAUUGUUCCUCUUGAUUCUCUUACAUUCGAUAAGGUUGUCAAGAAAUUCCGAGCGACUGUUGUUAAAUUUGAUAUUCAAUAUCCUUAUGGUGAGAAACACGAUGAAUUUGGUUCACUCGCCGCUUCUUUGAAAAAUAACGACGAUAUUUUGGUCGGUGAAGUUGGAAUCCAAGACUAUGGAGAGAACGAGAAUCAAGACUUAGCUGAUAAAUUCAACGUUAAAAAAGACGAUUUUCCUGUUGUGAAAAUCUUUCUCUCCGAUGAUCUUGAUCAUCCAAUUGAUUUCCCAGCAACUGAGGAUUUCAAAGCAGAUAAUUUGAAAAACUUUGUCAGGAAAAAUACUGGUAUUCGAAUUCUCCUUGAUAAAUGUUUAGGUGAUUUCGAUGCUAUUGCAGAGAAACUGAUGCGACCUGAGACAAGUAAAGACGAACAAUCUAAAUUGUUGGAAGAAGCUCAAUCUAAAGCUAGUAAAUUAUCCAAAGAUGAUGAUAAAACUGCAGAUGUUUAUAUCAAAGUGAUGCAGAAAGUUAUCGAACGUGGACCAAAAUUCGUGGAAAGUGAAAAGGUUCGAGUUAAAAACAUUAUGGACGGUAAAAUAUCCACGACCAAGAAGAAUGAGUUACAAGCUCGACUCAAUAUUCUAACCAGUUUCCUCGAAUCCAGUGACAAAUCCAAAGCCAAGAAAGAAGACCUUUAAUAUCGAAUUCUAAUCAAAAACUUCUUAUGCAAGUUGGAAAUGAAUUAAUUUCCAAUCUAAUUACCUCUAUAAUCACCCAAGAUUAUUUCACUUUUUGAUACGAAAAUUCAAUGAUAAGCAUUGAAAAUCUCUCCUCUCUCGCCAUCUAUUCCUUACAAUUAAGGAAAAACAUUCCCUUAAACAUAAAAUCAAUUCUAGUGUCAAAAAAAUUCAAACAUUCCCAAAGUCUUGAAACAAAAUCUAUUGAUACUUUUCCAGAAAAUUAUCAAUCAUCACAACAAUUAAAUUGAAAAGAGUAACAAUUAUUGUUAUUGUUUCCCAAUUUCCAGUUGCAAUGAUAAUAAAAUACAAUUAAAA